CUGACUUUGGACUCAGUUGGGAAGCAGAGCAGUUUUGUCAACACACAAACGACAUCACAAUGUCCAUCUCUGAUUGCCUUCCCGAUUACCCGGUCAAGUCGGAUUUCGUAAAUAGAUUGAAGUCAGCCCUGGAAGCCAGGGAUGAGGCGACAGUGAGGGAUUUGAUCUGUACUGAAGUUCGGCACGUGGACGCCGUGAUAGAACUGGCCAACGACGACUGGAUGAAGGACCCCUCGGCCCAGCUGCCCCCCGGGGUCCUCCUAGGAGACCUGGACCGUCUUAAGCUCCUCAUGGACCAGUUCUUCCAGGACGCCAACGUGGUGUUUGAGAUCAAGAAGGAUGAGAUGGAGUGGCAGGUGAAAUCCCCGGCCACGUUUGGACCGUCAGGCCUCUGGACCCUGGAGUACAAGCGCGAGCUCACCACGCCCCUGUGCAUCGCGGCGGCCCGGGGCCACACGGCCUGCGUGCGCCACCUGCUCAGCCGCGGCGCGGACCCCGACGCCAGCCCCGGCGGCCGCGGCGCCCUGCACGAGGCCUGCCAGGGGGGCCACACGGCCUGCACCCAGCUGCUGCUGCAGCAUCGCGCCGACCCCGACCUGCUCAGCGCCGACGGCCUGGCGCCCCUGCACCUCUGCCGCACGGCCGCCUCGCUGGGGUGCGCGCAAGCGCUGCUGGAGCACGGCGCCUCGGUGCAGCGCGCGGGCGGCGCGGGCCUGGACACGCCCCUGCACGUGGCGGCUCAGCACGGCCUGGACGAGCACGCGCGCCUCUACCUGGGCCGCGGGGCGCUCGUGGACGCGAGGAACGCCCGCGGCGAGACGGCCCUGAGCGCGGCGUGCGGCGCGGCGCGGCGGCCCGACGAGCACGCGCGCUGCCUGCGCCUGUGCGCGCUGCUGCUGCGGUGCGGCGCGGAGGCGGACGCGCGCGACGAGGACGAGCGCAGCCCGCUGCACAAGGCCUGCGGCCACGCGCGCCACGGCCUGGCGCGCCUCCUGCUGCGGCACGGCGCCGACGCGGGCGCGCUCGACUACGGGGGUGCGUCGCCGCUGGCCCGAGUGCUGCACACGGCCGCCUGCGCCCCCGAGGCCGCGCCGCAGCGCACGCUGCAGGCGCUGCUCAACCACGGCUCCCCCACCGUAUGGCCCGACGCCUUCCCCAAGGUGCUGAAGACCUGUGCACCAGCCCCCGCUGUCCUCGAGGUUCUUUUCAACUCCUACCCUCAGCUCCGCGUGUCAGAGUCCUGGAAGGAGGUGAUCCCUGAAGAAGUGUUUCAGAUGCACCAGCCUUUCUACCAGUCCCUCUUUGCCUUGGCCUACAGCCCACGCUGUCUGCAGCAUCUCUGCCGCUGUGCCAUUCGGAAGCUGUUUGGCAGAAAGUGCUUUUACCUCGUGCCCCAGUUGCCCUUGCCGAAGUCCCUGCAAAAUUACCUUCUUCUGGAGCCAGAGGGGGUUUUGCACUGA